AACAUCGGCAAAAAGAGGCAGAUAUGAAAGCAAACGUCAGUUAACCAACGAGGAGUUACUGAAUAUCUUAGAAGGGUCAUCAGAUGAAUCGGACGAAGAGAUGGAGUUGGAAAUGUCAAACAGUGAUGACGCUGGAAGCGAUAGCGAUGAAGGGGUUGUGCUUCAAUCUGCAACUGGAACAUCUCAAGUACCUCUCAGGGUAUGGCUAGCGGAUCGUCCAGAUCAAGACAUAAUACCAUUUACAAGAGUAUGCAGACUAAAAGGAAAUAUAGAUGAAUUGGGAGGAUAGCAUGCCUCAAGAGGAAACCGAAGAAGAUUCACUCACGGAAUCUGCGUCUGCAAGUGGGGACGGUGGGACAUACAAAGAUAUACAGAGACAGGCAGACAUGCGAGGAAAAGACAGUAAUGAAAUCGAGGCAAACACGGAAUCUGCAGCUGCGAACAAAGAGGGUGGAAUCGAAAAAAGCACUGAAAGCAACCAAAAGCAUUUCAAGGCACCAGUUGGGGGAGCAAAGAAAAAUAAAAGGAAGGCCGUGGACAUGGAGGAGACUAACCGUCGUAUGGAAGAAGCCUAUGAAAUCAUGAAACAAUGUCAAAAUACCGAACCACCCAAAACCACUGUUUGUACUGCCUAUGGGCAACUAGUGGCUAAGAGGCUCGAGACGUUAAGCGAAGUGGACAGGAUUAUUGUGAUGAAUGAGAUUGAUAACCUAUUCUUCAGGGCAACAAUGAGGUCCAUGGGACCUCAAUAUCAAUCUCCAACUUCUUUCUAUUCGUCAUCGAUGGGACCUCGAUAUCAAUCGGCAUUUCCAGAACCAGCCUCCCCAGCAUCUUUCUAUUCGUCAUCGUCUGAUGAAACUUUUCAUACAACUCCGACGAUCACCUCUUUGCCACAGAAUUCUGCAACUUCUUCCGCCCACCAACCGCCUCUUGCUCCUGAGAUUCCAAUAACUCAUUGCAAUGAUAUAUCCUUAUUAACAGAAAACUAUACUAAUCUUUGACCAUACUUUAAUUUAACUUUAACCAUGCUUUUACCUUAUUUCUUAACUGAAUAAACAAUGUAGAAAUGUUUGUUGUAUA